GUGUAGGCUUAACGUGGUAGUCAGUCCAGGUCAGGAUUGUUUCGACACGGACAGAGCCUUUAUUUCCUGUGUGUCGGUGACCUGUGAAAACUAAUUGGACUUGAUUGAUUCAUUAUUAUUCAAGGCAAACAUCUUUCCUCCCUCAUUUUUCACGUGCUCCCUUUUUGCCUGCUAUAGAGAAGCAUUAUACUCGCUGGUAUGUCUCGAAAUCUCCAGAUUAGCUUUUAUUGCUGCUUUUUUUUCCAAUUUAUUUUUGCCCAUCUACCCCUGCCCACUUGUUUCCGAUCCCCCCUCCGAUAAUUUUCACUUGAUUUUUGGGUCUCCUCCUGCUUUCUUUGUAUGUUGGCAGAUUUUUGGGUAUCCUCCUCAAUAUAGAAUGUCAUUUGCCUUCAUUUAGAUGGCUGAGUUGGAAACUCCUCUUCCAGAGGAUAUAAAACUUAUGCAAUGUGGUCAUCUGAAUAACCAUCACCAAGUUUUUGCCCCAAUCAUUGCAGAAUGCAAAACAGAUGGGGCAGUUGCGAGGCUUAAUUGUGCCAAUUCGGGUGAUUGUGAGUUGAAAAUUGGUGCACACUCACAAGAGAAUUUGACUGGUUUUUGCCCUUGUGAGAAGGCUGGGGAGAAAUCAGAAUUUGUAAAUAGUGUCUUGGGUUUUAAAUUUGGGUGCCUUAAAGUGUCAGAUUCAAGCGCCUUGCUUGACAGCAAAGAUGUUGUGGGUAUGGAUCUGGUUGGGAAAGAGGAUCAGGGACUAGAUCUAGAAGCUGGUAGGGAUUUUUAUAGUGGGGUUGGCACUUUUUGGGGUUCUGCAAGGAGACUAUUUGGGAACGCCUUAGAUAAAUUCAUGCCAGGAGAUACUAUUCAGAGCUUUGAUGGGUCAAUUGCAGAGGCCAAAAAAAUUCUACCCACAUUUUGUAAUAAUGCAGACUUGGAUAUGGGUAAGCCUGUGGCAGAGAACCUUGAGUCCAAGGUUGCAGUUUCGAAAUCAAAAUGUAAGAAUGGAGAAAACUACAGAAAUACAAAGUUGAUAGGUACUGAGAGGUUGAGGAAUGAAAAUGGCAGCCGUCACAUUAAACACAGUAAUAAGAAGCCUCCUAGGCCCCCAAGGCCUCCCAGACCACCAAAGGAAACCACAGAUCCUUCACAGGAGGAUCUUGUGAAGGCUAUGUUAAGGAGAGCCAAAUUGGAAAGGAUUGCCCAUCUGAAAGAAAAGCAAAUUGCAAAAUCUAAGGCAUCCAAUAUAAGUGCCUGGGCUCUUGCAUUCACUCUGUGCUUCUGUUUUGUACUAAUUUUUCAAGGUGUAUUUUCACAAGGUAAUGGUAGUGUUCAAAUCUCACCAGAAGCAGCAGUACAAGAAAGUACACUCUCUGUACAUAAGUAUGUUAACCAUGCUACCAAUGCUGAAUCUUUGCAUGCAAUGGAACAAGGACAACCCUCUGGUUCUUUAUACCAUGUUGGGUAUGCUAUGGAUAAAGCUGGAUCAAUAGAAUCAAAUCAAGGAUCAUGAAUUCUUUCCAAAUCUUUGUUUAUCUUUGUACUGAUAAAUAAAUCUCAUUAGUUCUGUAAGAAUUACUCUCUGCCCGAUAUAACUCCAGGUCACCUGCACUUGGGGUGAAUGGUAAUCUAUUACCAAAUAAGCUGAUGUCAACUUAUGUGCAUUAUAGAAUAAAACUGGGUUGUAGCUGUUCAGUCGGCUACCUACCUAGUGCGUUGAUAAGCUGCAGAAUAAGCCAUCUAAUAAAGGUGGAGUUCCAAAAAAAUUGUAUUUAUAGAAGACUACAUAUAAAAAAGUAAAAAGAAUUGUUUUUAUGCGAACUUUUA